GCAGACUAUGUGUGCUUUGUUUGAGGAGAAGGAAUCAUGGUUGAGAGUCGGGGAGUGGAAUCAUUUCUUUUGACAAAUGUUCCGAUCGAGUGGUGUCACUUCAGAAACGGUUAGGACAUCGUCUAUUUCUCUUGAAUCAGCGAUGAGCAGAAGAAGGAAUGAUGGGAUCUUAUUUUUCCUGGUCAUGUUGUUUGCAUCCGACUGGUCUGCAGCUCAGAUAUUCUAUUCUAUCACCGAGGAGGCGGACAAAGGAACUGUUGUCGGGAACCUCGCAAAGGAUUUAAACGUCAACGUCCGAGAUCUGCAAACCAGGAAUCUAAAUAUUGUGUCGGGACACAGUAAGAGAUACUUCGAAGCUAAUUUUAAAACAGGAGAGCUUUAUGUCAGUGAGAGGAUAGAUCGUGAAGAACUUUGUCUGAACACUGUUAAAUGCACUUUAAAUAUCGAGGCCAUAAUGAGUGAUCCUGUAGUUCAUAAACGCAUCGAGGUGGUGAUUAAUGACGUGAACGACAACGCGCCUACUUUUGUGGAGAAAUAUUUUUCUGUCAAUAUUUCUGAAUCUUCACCAGCGGGCGAGCGCUUCUUGCUGCCUUUGGCAGUCGAUGCAGAUUCAGGCAGCAAUUCUGUAAAGACGUACAAGCUCAGUGUAAAUGAGUACUUUUCCCUCGACGUACAGAGCGGCGGAGAACACAGCGCAUCUGCUGAAUUAGUGCUGCUGAAAGCUUUAGACAGAGAGAAGCAAGCAACUAUUAGACUGACACUCACUGCUAUAGAUGGAGGCAGACCUCCAAAAUCUGGAACUGUUCAAAUUAUUAUUAAUGUUUUAGAUGUGAACGACAACACACCCUAUUUUAGCAAAACACUGUAUAAAGCUCGUGUUGACGAAAAUUCUCCUGUGGGAUCUAAAGUUAUUCAGCUCAAUGCCACUGAUUUAGAUGACGGAAACAAUGGUAAAGUAGUUUACUCUUUUGUCAAACGUGCACAUUUUAAUCCAUCUGAUAUGUUUUUGAUAAAUGAAGAAACCGGAGAUAUCAGCGUUAAAAGUGAAUUAGACUAUGAAGCACAGUCAAAAUUUGAAAUCCAUAUUCAAGUCACAGACAAAGGUGCGUCACCUCGGAGAUCCAAUGGGAAGCUUUUGAUUGAAGUAGUCGAUGUAAACGAUAACACCCCAGAAAUUGUUGUAACAUCGCUGAUGAACCCAGUUAAAGAAGAUGCUGAAAUAGGAAGUGUUGUCGCAUUGCUUACAGUGACGGAUAAAGAUGGCGGUAAAAACGGUCAAACUCGAUGUAAGCUUGUUGGUUCAACUCCUUUUAAGCUAAAUGCUAAUUAUAAGAGUUAUUACUCUUUAGUUGUAGAUGGACCCCUUGAUCGAGAAUCACAUGCUUCUUACAAUCUGACAAUCGUAGCUAAUGAUGACGGAGUGCCGUCUCUGUCCAGCACCAGCGUUAUCAAUGUACAAAUCUCUGAUGUCAAUGACAACGCGCCCAGUUUCCUUGAUUCAGUGAUCAAUAUUUACGUGAAAGAAAACAGCCCAGUUGGAGCCAGUAUUUUUACUAUAAGCGCAGUCGAUGUUGAUGUAAAUGAAAACGCCAGAGUAACUUAUUCUGUAGAAGCUGAUAAUAAACAUAACUCCGUGUCUUCGUUUAUAAACAUAAACUCGGAUACUGGAGAAAUUAUUACUCUACAGUCUUUUAAUUAUGAAGAAAUGAAAACAUUUCAGUUUAAAGUCAAGGCCAUUGACUCGGGUGUGCCUCCACUCAGGAGCAAUACAACCGUAAACUUGUGUAUUCUGGAUGAAAAUGAUAAUAAUCCAACUAUUUUAGCUCCUUAUUCUGAGCACGGCUCUGUUAACAGUGAGACCAUCCCUUAUUCUGCUGAAGCGGGAUACUUUGUAGCAAAGAUCAGGGCUGUGGAUGCAGAUUCUGGAUACAAUGCGCUGCUUUCUUAUCACCUGUCGGAGCCCAAAGGAAACAACCUGUUCAGGAUCGGAACCAGCACCGGAGAAAUCAGGACUAAGAGGAGAAUGAGCGACAAUGACCUAAAAUCUCAUCCACUGGUGGUGUUAGUUUCUGAUAAUGGAGAACCUUCUCUGUCAGCCACUGUUUCUAUUGAUGUGAUGGUGGUUGAAACCACAGCUGACGACCAGACUCAGUUCAGACAUGUGCCUAUAAAGGAGGACAACUUCUCUGAUUUGAACUUGUAUCUACUGAUCGCCAUCGUGUCAGUGUCUGUGAUCUUUCUGCUGAGUCUCAUCAGUUUAAUAGCUGUCAGAUGCCACAGGACAGACAGUGAUUUCAGCAGGUACAGCGCCCCCAUGAUCACCACCCACCCUGACGGGAGCUGGUCUUACUCUAAAGCUACUCAGCAGUAUGACGUGUGUUUCAGCUCAGACACACUGAAGAGUGACGUAGUGGUUUUCCCCGCCCCGUUUCCACCUGUAGAUGCUGAACUGAUCAGUAUUAGCGGAACAGAUACUUUUACCAGAACUCAAACUUUACCAAACACAGAAAAGUUUUUCCUGGUCAUGUUGUUUGCUUCCGACUGGUCUGCAGCUCAGAUAUCCUACUCUAUCAACGAGGAGACGGACAAAGGAACUGUUGUCGGGAACCUCGCAAAGGAUUUAAACAUCAACGUCCGAAAUCUGCAAACCAGGAAUCUAAAUAUUGUGUCGGGACACAGUAAGAAAUACUUCGAAGCUAAUUUUAAAACAGGAGAGCUUUAUGUCAGUGAGAGGAUAGAUCGUGAAGAGCUUUGUCUGAACACUGUUAAAUGCACUUUAAAUAUCGAGGCCAUACUGAGUGAUCCUGUAGUGCAUAAACGCAUCGAGGUGGUGAUUAAUGACGUGAACGACAACGCGCCUACUUUUGUGGAGAAAUAUUUUUCUGUCAAUAUUUCUGAAUCUUCACCCGCGGGCGAGCGCUUCUUGCUGCCUUUGGCAGUCGAUGCAGAUUCAGGCAGCAAUUCUGUAAAGACGUACAAGCUCAGUGUAAAUGAGUACUUUUCCCUCGACGUACAGAGCGACGGAGAACACAGCGCAUCUGCUGAAUUAGUGCUGCUGAAAGCUUUAGACAGAGAGAAACAAGCAACUAUUGAACUGACACUCACUGCUGUAGAUGGAGGCAGACCUCCAAAAUCUGGAACUGUUCAAAUUAUUAUUAAUGUUUUAGAUGCCAAUGAUAAUACGCCGUCUUUUAGCAAAUCGCUUUAUAAAGCUAGCGUUUACGAAAAUGCUCCAAUCGGAUAUACAGUUAUUCAGCUUAAUGCCACAGAUUUAGACGAAGGGGAAAACGCAAGACUAAUUUACUCUUUAGUCAAACGUGCCAGCUUCAAUCCCGCCGAGAUUUUCUUCAUGAAUUCUGAAACAGGUGCAAUAAGCAUUAAAAGUGAACUAGAUUAUGAAACACAGUCAGCUUAUGAAAUACACGUGCAGGCAACAGACAGAAGUUCCUUACCUCGGAGAUCAAAUGCAAAGCUUUUGAUUGAAGUAGUGGAUGUUAACGAUAACACCCCAGAAAUAGUUGUAACAUCUCUGAUGAACCCAGUUAAAGAAGAUGCAGAAAUAGGAAGCGUUGUCGCUAUGGUUACAGUGACGGAUAAAGAUGGCGGCAAAAACGGUCAAACUCGAUGUAAGCUUGUUGGUUCAACUCCUUUUAAGCUAAAUGCUAAUUAUAAGAGUUAUUACUCCUUAGUUGUAGAUGGACCCCUUGAUCGAGAAACACAUGCUUUUUACAAUAUCACAAUUAUAGCUAAUGAUGACGGAGUCCCGUCUCUGUCCAGCACCAGCGUCAUCAAUGUACAUAUUUCUGAUGUCAAUGACAACGCGCCCAGUUUCCUUGAUUCUGUGAUCAAUAUUUACGUGAAAGAAAACAGCCCAGUUGGAGCCAGUAUUUUUACUAUAAGCGCAGUCGAUGUUGAUAUUAAUGAAAACGCCAGAGUAACUUAUUCUGUAGAUUCUGAUAAUAAACAUAACCCCGUGUCUUCGUUUAUAAACAUCAACUCAGAUACUGGAGAAAUUAUUACUCUGCAGUCUUUUAAUUAUGAAGAAAUGAAAACAUUUCAGUUUAAAGUCAAGGCCAUUGNGGUCACUCUGCAGAGUGGAUCCCGUGUGAUAUUUACCACAAAAUGGACGUGUUCUAAAAUUAUUAUUUUUUUUUUUCGUUUGUUUGGCAGCAAUGGGACGUGGGACGAUUACAGGCGCGAUCUGGAUAAACAUCGGGGCUCUGCUUUAUUUCUGUGGUGCGUGCACAGCGCUGCUCUCGUUCUCCGUUCCCGAGGAGGUUGACAAAGGAACAGUGGUGGGAAAUCUUGCUAAGCAUUUACAAGUCUCCGUCAGUGAGUUGGAACGACGGGAUUUACGAAUUGUCUCUGGGAGCUUUAAGAAG